GGAAGUGCUCCCGGUGAGCUUCCGGGGCAGGUGCCGGCCUCACCCAAGAUGGCGGCACCCAGGCGCCGCUGAGCGGAGGGGAAGAGAAGGGAAAGGAGGGCAGCGCAGCGCAGCGCGGCCCCAUGGCGCUGAGCGGCCGCUGCUGCCUGCUGCUGGCCGCCGGCAGGCUCCCGGCACGUGGGGCGGGUUUUCGUUCUGCAGCGACUACAGCGAGUCUCAAAGCAGAGCCCGCGGUGGACACGAGCGACAAUGAUGUUGUCGCCCCGGCCUUCACCAACAGGAACCCCCGCAACCUGGAGCAGCUGGCCCUCGCCAGGAAGGAGCGGGGCUGGAAGACGACGUGGCCCAGGCGGGAGUUCUGGCACAGAUUACGGCUGGAGCGGACGCAGCAUUACGUAGAGGCCUUUGUUGAGCGCUGUAACGGAGAUGUUGUAGUGUCUGCCUCUACUCGAGAGUGGGCUAUAAAGAGACACCUGUACAGCCCCAAGGGGGUAACAGCGUGCAAGAACCUCGGCCGUGUAAUGGCACAGCGCUGCUUGGAAGCAGGAAUCAACUUUGUGAACUUUAAAGCUGUUAUUCCCUGGGAACGUCAUUGUGACUCGAUUCAAGAGUUUGAAAAAGCUAUGAAAGAGGGCGGUGUUGUUCUGCAAGAGCCACGAAGAAUUUAUGUGUAAGAUGGAGAUCAUCUGGAAAACUUUCCAAGGAAAAAAAAAAAUCACUUCUUUUGGUGUAUACAGGCACAGUGAAGGUCCAGGAAUGGAAAAAGCUGGACCGCAGUAUCUACUAAUAAAACAUUUUUAAAUGGA